AUCGCUGUCAGCUGUCACUUGUCAAAAUUUUAUAUGUUAGUUUCGGCUUUUAAAGCAUAUUGAUUAUUUCUUAUUAAAAUUUAAUUUAAUUCAAUCAGAUUGUGCAAAAAGUUGAUGGACAUGUCUCUGUUUCCAUUAGAAUCUAAUCCAGAUGUUAUGAACAAGUUCAUGCAUGUUCUUGGAGUUCCGGAAAAGUAUAAAAUAGUGGAUGUUUAUGGUCUUGACGCUGACGCCUUGGCUUGGGUACCAAGACCAGUGUAUGCACUGAUUUUGCUAUUUCCCUGCAGUGAUAAGUACUAUGAGUAUGCCCAACAAGAAAAAGAGAGACUUAUAAAAGAAGAACAGCAGCUUAGUUCUAAUCUUUGGUACAUGAAGCAGAAAGUCUCGAAUGCUUGUGGAACUAUUGCUUUAAUACAUAGUAUUGCAAAUAAUGAUGACAGAAUUAACUUGGCAGAAGGUGCUUUCAAAAAACUCUUAUCCGAGUCAAAAAAUAUGAGCCCUGAAGAAAGGGGAGAUAUCUUAAUUAAGGCUGAGGAUAUAGCUUUUAAAAUAAUAAAUACUCAUCAAGAAUUAGCUAUGGAAGGUCAAACAGAAGUAAACCCAGAUGAACAAGUAAAUCACCAUUUUGUAGCACUAGUGCAAAAAGAUGGCGAACUCUAUGAAUUAGAUGGUAGAAAAGAGUUUCCUAUCAAACAUGGUAAAACAUCAACAGAUAAUUUCUUAGAGGAUGCCGCCAAAGUCUGCACUGCAUUUAUUGAGAGAGACUCUGAAGACAUUAAUUUUACUGUGAUGGCUCUAGUAGAAUCGGACUCGUAAAGCAGUUAAGGACUAAUGAAGUGUAUCAAGCUUUACAUGGAAUUAUUUGCUAAAUCUGUUUUAUAGUUUUUUUAUUCUCUAUUAGCUUUUCAUGUGCCUUGUUUUUUUUUUAAUUCUGUUGUACUAAAGUAUUUGUGAUAUGUGUAUUUGACGCCAAAUAAAUGAAUAUUACUUUUCAAAAUUUAUAAAUCUGAUUUAAUUUAAACUGUUAUUGAUUAAUUUAGCGAUUUUCAGGUUAAUUUUUUUUGUACACAUAUUUCUUUCUUAAUCUGCCUUGCCUCUUCCAC